AUGAACCAAAGUACUACAAAACGACUUCAAGGACAGCAAUCAAAGAGUAUUCGUCGUCAUACUCAAUCAACGCGUGUACCAGACGACCACGAUAACGAUUCCUACUCUUCAACGGAAGAAGCAGAUUCCGUUAUUGCCAGUCGCCUAUUCGGUGAGGCCUCUGUUAAUUCAAAAAAGUUACGAACUGUAAACAACAAUACCGGCAAUGAAAGCGACAGAAACAGUGAGAGUUCUCCAUACAGAACAGGCACAGGGACAGAUUACAAACUGUCCGAAAGGGUAGUCUCGUCACCAGCCCCCUCACGACGUCCAGUAUGGAGAACUUCGACUUCCUCCAAACAAGACGAUGCAUCUAGCGACUAUUCUUUUAAUUUGUCUGCAUUAUCACCGCAAACGCAAAAUAUUAUUAACUCCAUAGCCCCUAGUCGUGGUAAUACUCCGAGCAGUUCGAGAGAUCACAAAAAACGUUUUGCUGCAGACCGAGCCAUGGUCGAUGAAAUACUGCGAGAAGCUAGAGCUCAGGCUGCCGCACGUGCAAGUACCAGUGCGUCAUUGCCAAUUACCCCUAUUAGCAACGAUCUCAGUAACAGCGCUAGUCAACCAAAGGCAGGGAUUACUAUUGAUACAGCUACUUCGCGUCUUAAAAAAGAACAGAGAUAUAUUGCGAGGUCUCCUACUUCACCACGUUCGACUCGAAAGCGAGCUGUUCUACGCAGAGCAAAUGCCAAGUUGUUUCCAGUCCAUUCAUCUCCGCAGUCGUCUGCUAGUGCUAAACAUGCAAUGGACCCUCCAGAAGUCAAUGGCAAAACACCGACAAGUAAUAUCGAAACUGUCGAAACUGGUGAACUUGACGAAAUCGAGGCACAGUUCCAAGAAACUCUGACUACGUACACAAAAAGGUUUCAGAAUUCUACAGUAGCAUUGCAAGAACAAUCUAAUCUUAUGAGGAGAAAUCAAGAUUUAUUGCAUCUUGUUGCUGCAAAGGAAGAAGAAAUUGAAAAUUUAAAGAGUAAGUUAUAUGAAGCUACCAACAAGCUAGACUCUUACGAGGCUGAUUUAAAGGACGCUAUUGCAUUUCAGCUUGAACCUCUCGCUUUAUCAGCAGAGGAUUUGAUACGUAUAGAGAGAGAACUUGAGAACCAAGAUGUUGCAUUACGCAAUUACCGGGCUGAGAAUGACAAACUUAAUGCACAAAUAAAAGAAUUGAAGGACCAAUUAACAAAUGCGGAUAAGGAAAACGAAAAGUAUUCCGCAAAAACGUCGGAACUAAUGCGAGAACUAGAUCAUUUGAGAGCAAUAAUACUAUAUGACAAGGAGAACAAAGAGCAUUUUUCAGAGGGAUUAGAAACUAAGCAAAAUAUAAUUGAGGAGCUUGUUGAGAAACUAAAAAGAAAGGAAGAACAGUUAGAAUAUUAUCAAAAUCAAUAUCUCGCCAAGACUGAAGAAUUAGAACAAUAUAUAGAGCAGGGAGGGGUACCAUCUAAUGCGACGCAGAACGGAGGUGGUGGAAGUGACGGACAUUUUACUAAAACGCCCAAUGUUGUUGGAGGGAAGUCUGGAGGAAGUGCUGGUGCUGGAGGUGGUGUUAACGGUGCUAGGGCUAUUAAAUAUCUCAAUGACAAUAUACAAUUAGAUGAUGAGAUUGAAGAUUUAUCUUCUCUUCCAAUUACGAGUGAUUUAUUGGCGUCUGGUAUAUUUGAUGCAUUGGGUGGUGAUGGUGCGUUUACAGCCAUUGAGAGGCUCAUAGCAUCCCUUGAGAGAACUAUAAUGGAAAGAGACGUGCAAUUGAGUACUGCUCAUCAACGUGCAGAAGAGGCAGAAAGAAAAUUAAUAAAUUUAUCGCGUGAGAAGAUGUCAUGGGGAAGCGGAUAUGACGGACGAUUAAAACAUCUGAAGAAAAAAAUACAACAAAUGGAAGAAUUAAUACAGAUGGAAAGGAAAGAUGCGCGUAAAUCAUUAAGUAGUCAAGCAAGUCAAGCGGACAAUGACCGCACGAGAGAGAGUAUUGGCCAUUCCGAUAACCAACAACAACAAGAAUCGAAUAACCAAUCAUUGCUUCAGCAACUAGAUUUGAUGUCACGGCAGAUAACGACCAUGGAAGAAAAGUUCAAGAAAAGAGAACAAGAUUUGCAGAAAGUGAUAUCUGAUAUGGACAAACGUUCAAAAGUGCAGCUCGAAAUGGUCAAGAAGAAGUGUCUGACCAUAAUUGGAAAGAAAAACGAUAAAUUAGAGGGCUUUAAGAACGAAUUAGAUAGUUUAAUGGAGGCUGCUGGCCAGUAG